UGGAGUCGUUUGGACCAGCGUUAUCGCACAACCCAGAACUAACGUGGUAGAAACAAGGAAAAACAAGCAGUCGGGAAAGAGAUCCAUGCAGGUCCGAGCGACAGUGAAGUUGAUGCUUCGAGGUAAACAACAUAACUCGCUGCUGUAAUACCGGAUCUGACAGUUCCCCACCAGCUGAUGGCUGACCGAGCCUGGUGGCAGAGUCUCCGCCUGCAUGCCUUUGUCCUGUCAGCGAUUUGACCCCAGGGGCUGACAGGAGAGCGACCGGCUGAACGGAUGCCAUUCAGACCAUGGAGAUCAAGGAGAGAGGAGACAGGAGCAAUCCGCUGGCGAGUGCCAACCUGUUUUCAAGGCUGUUUCUCUGCUGGUUGACCCCGCUGCUGCACCUGGGCCACAAACGGCAACUCAAUGAGAAUGACAUGUACGAUGUUCUUCCAGAGGAUCGCUCAGAAAGCCUCGGAGAGGACCUACAGAGGUUUUGGGCCCAGGAAGUAAGAAGAGCUACAAAGGAACUCCAGGAUCCAAAACUGGCCUGGGUUCUCGUUAAGGCCUAUGGAAAAUGCUAUGCACUGGCUGGGCUGCAUGUAUUUUCACUGGAAGCCAUUAAAGUUGUCCAGCCUCUUCUUUUGGGGAAAAUAAUCGAGUACUUUGAGAACUAUCACCAAGAAGAUCUUGGCAGUCUUUACAUGGUGUAUGGUUAUGCUGCUGCCAUGUCCAUCUCCAGCUUUGCGCUCACCAUCCUCCAGCAUCUCUACUACUAUCAAGUGCUCAGAAUUGGCAUGAGGAUUCGGGUGGCCAUGUGUCAUAUGAUCUACAAGAAGGCUCUUCGUCUCAGCAGUGAGUCUAUGGGACAAACAACCAUUGGACAAAUAGUGAACCUGCUUUCAAAUGAUGUAAAUCGUUUUGAUGAGAUUACACUGAAUCUGCACUACCUGUGGGUUGGACCUCUACAAGCUUUGGUUAUCAUCGUUUUCCUCUGGUAUGAAAUUGGCCCUUCAUGUCUGACAGGUGUGGCUGUCAUUGCCCUCAUGAUGCCUGUACAGACAUGGUUCGGAAAACUGUUUGGGAUCUUCAGGAGCAAAACGGCUGCCCUCACUGAUAGCAGAAUCCGUAUCAUGAACGAAGUGGUGUCUGGCAUCAGAAUAAUCAAGAUGUACGCCUGGGAGAAACCACUUUCAGCUCUGAUCACCGAAGUUCGAAGGAAAGAAAUCCACCAGAUACUGAAGAGCUCCUACCUACGAGGACUCAACAUGGCUUCCUUCUUCGCCAGUUCCAAGAUUACCGUUUUUGCCACCUUCACCGUCUACGCUCUGUUGGGAAACGCCAUCACAGCCAGCAGUGUGUUUGUCACGGUGUCCCUUUAUGGUACCAUUAAGCUCACGGUCACUCUGUUCUUCCCUCUCGCCAUUGAAAAGCUGUCAGAGACUGUUGUGAGCGUUCAUAGGAUUAAGAAUUUCCUCAUGUUAGAAGAAGUUGAGAGAAAAACCUUUGGAGUGCACCUGGAGGAAAUGAAUGAAAACUCUCUAGAAAUUGAGAAGCUGACCUGCUACUGGGAUAAGAGUUUGGACUCACCGACUCUACAGAAUAUUUCUGUCACAGUAAAAUCACACCAACUUUUGGCUGUAAUCGGACCUGUUGGAGCUGGAAAGUCAUCUCUGCUGAGUGCCAUCCUGGGAGAGCUGCCACAUGACACGGGGUCCAUGACCGUCAAAGGUCAGCUGACCUAUGCAUCCCAACAGCCCUGGGUGUUCCCCGGAACCAUCCGCAGCAACAUCCUGUUUGGAAGAGAACUGAAUCGUAAGAAGUAUGAGAGAGUCCUCAGAGCCUGCGCUCUGAAGAGGGAUCUGGAACGUCUCCCAGAUGGAGAUCUGACUCUGAUUGGGGAUAGAGGAGCAACACUGAGUGGAGGACAGAAAGCUCGUGUUAACCUGGCAAGGGCUGUGUAUCAGGAUGCAGACAUCUAUCUCCUAGAUGAUCCUCUAAGUGCUGUAGAUGCAGAGGUUGGGAAGCAUCUCUUUGAACAGUGUAUCUGUGGGCUGCUGAAGAACAAAUGUCGUGUCCUGGUCACACACCAGCUCCAGUAUCUGAAGGCAGCAGACAAGAUUCUGGUCCUCAGGGAGGGGCACAUCAUGGGUCAGGCAACCUACAGUGAGCUGCAGAGCUCUGACCUGGACGUGGUAUCGCUGCUGAUGAAAGAUGAAGAGCAGGAGCGAUGGUCUCUCUCAGCAGACUCUGAUAAAGUGUCUUUACACAGUCAAAGGACCAACCUCUCCCAUGGUUCCCAGUGCUCUCAUAGCAGCCUCCUGCCAUCUUACAGUACCUGGUCAGACCAGCUUCCUGUUGAAGCAGCUCACACCCUUGCAGAAGAGAGUCGAGCUGAAGGAAACGUUGACAGCCACAUUUAUCUGAAGUACUUCACUGCAGGCUGUAAUGCUGUGGUCUUACUGCUCAUUGUCCUCAUCAGUAUCAUAGCAGAGGUUGCAUAUAUCCUGCAGGACUGGUGGCUGGUUUACUGGGCAAGGGCAGAAGUUUCCAACAGCACAGCAGCUCCAUUCAUCAGCAUUAAUAGCAGCAUUAAUGCCACCCCCACUGAUGGAGAGUUUCAUCUCACCUUUUACCUCAGCAUUUAUUCAGGUCUAACAGCAGCUACUGUGGUCUUUGGUUUUGUCCGGAGUUUGCUGAUCUUCCAUGGCUUGGUGAAGUCGGCCCAGAUUCUUCACAACAACAUGUUCAUUGCUGUCCUCAGCACUCAUGUUCACUUCUUCGAUGUCAAUCCUAUUGGAAGAAUUCUCAACAGAUUUUCUAAAGACAUCGGUCAAAUGGACUCCAUGCUGCCUAUAACCUUUGUGGACUUCUACCAGUUAUUCUUACAGAACGUCGGUGUAGUGGCAGUGGCCGCCUCAGUCAUCCCUCUCCUCCUCAUCCCAGUCGUCCCCCUGCUCUUAUUCUUCCUUUACUUGAGGCGCUACUACCUCCACACGUCUCGGGAUGUCAAACGACUCGAGUCAACAACUCGCAGUCCCGUCUUCUCCCACCUGUCGUCGUCUCUUCAAGGUUUGUGGACAAUCCGAGCCUUCAGAGCUGAGGAGAGGUUAAAGAAAACCUUUGAUUCCUACCAGGACCUGCAUUCAGAGGUCUGGUUUUUAUUUCUGAUGACCUCCCGAUGGUUUGCUCUGCGCCUCGACUGCAUUUGUUCCCUAUUUAUCACGUUCACAGCAUUUGGCUGCAUCAUAUUCAGAGAUGGUCUGGAGGCUGGCCAGGUGGGACUGGUGCUGACCUAUGCUGUGACACUGGUAGGAAACUUUCAGUGGACUGUGAGACAAAGUGCUGAGGUGGAGAACAUGAUGACUUCAGUUGAGAGAGUGGUGGAGUAUACGGAGCUGGAGAGUGAAGCACCCUGGGAAACUGAGAAGCGACCUCCUCCUGGCUGGCCGAGCCAAGGGAUGGUGAUCUUUGACAGAGUGAACUUCUCCUACACCGCCGAUGGUCCGUUGGUCCUUAAGGACAUCAGUGCUACAAUUCAUGCAGGUGAAAAGUUGGGGAUUGUUGGAAGAACAGGAGCUGGGAAAAGCUCUCUGAUCUCAGCUCUGUUCCGCCUGGCUGAACCUCGGGGACAGAUCUACAUCGAUGGCGUUUUAACCUCUGAGAUGGGCCUCCAUGACCUGCGCCAGAAGAUGUCCAUUAUUCCCCAGGACCCAGUGUUGUUUACAGAAACAGUGAGGAAGAACCUUGAUCCCUUCAACCAGCACACCGAUGAAGACCUGUGGAAAGCUCUGGAAGAGGUGCAGCUGAAGCCUGUGGUGGAGGAGCUGCCAGGAAAGUUGGAGACGGUUCUGGCAGAGUCCGGCUCCAACUUCAGUGUAGGUCAGAGGCAGCUGGUGUGUCUCGCUAGAGCCGUCUUGAGGAGGAACCGCGUCCUCAUCAUUGAUGAGGCCACAGCCAAUGUGGACCCCAGGACAGACGAGCUGAUCCAGAAAACCAUACGGGACAAGUUCAGAGAAUGUACUGUGCUCACCAUCGCUCAUCGCCUCAACACCAUCAUAGACAGCGACCGCAUACUGGUGCUUGACCAAGGCUGUAUCCAGGAGUUAGACCGACCCUUCACUCUGCUUCAGAACCAAGAAGGUGCUCUCUACAAGUUGGUGCAACAGACAGGCCAGGCUGAGGCAGCAGCUCUGCUAGAAUCAGCCAGACAAGUUGAAGCAGGAAUGUUUUCUAAACCCAGCCUCUGAGUAGAUCUUCUUUAUCUGGACUUACAACCAUUUUCCUAAUGUUUCCACAGUCAACACAGGGCAAAUUAAAGGCUCAGACAACCUGAGGCUGGAGGGGCAUAUUCCUGAAACAAUGCUCUCAUCAGUGUACUAGUCUGUGGUAACACCUCAGAGGGGAGAGAAGUAGCUACAGCUAAUGUGGAAAUGCAGGUGAAUCUUAAUAUAAAUCAGAAUGUCUGGAAAUCAGCUCACCAUAAUCUGAGCAACUCUCAGUGAGCAGUCGUCCCCAUAAUGUGAACAUGGAAAUGUAAGAAAGACAUACGUGGGGUGUCUGCUCCACCACUACACCAUCCGAUUCCAUAAUAUUUCUGUAUACAAAUGUUUUGUAAUUUACAUAGAGACCGAGUUCAUCAGGAUUAUCAAAAUAAAGAAAUUAGAUGUCUGAUGUAAACGUUGGAGCAGCACAAUACCAGGAAAAUUGUGAUUAAUCCAUCCUAACUAAAAAUGGAAAUCGCUGUAGGCAUCAGUUGCAGUGAAAAUAUUUGGCAAGCAGAAUUUGCAUUCAUGCAGUCUUGCUCAAUAAAUUAGAAUACUAUUGAAAAGUUAGUUUCAGUAACUCAAUUCGAAUUUCUGCUUUCAGCUAAUGAAAACACCAUAUGUGGGUUAAAUGAAAUGCUGCAUCCUUUGAUAUGCAGCUCCAUGUAAGGAUUUUAUAUAAAUUUCACUUUUUGAAAUAGUCUGAAAUUCUCCUUCAGCUAAAGAUUGAUUGUAGUCUUAGUUUUCAUCUUAACACGAAGUGCACAAUUACCAGUGUAAAAAGGCUAAUCUUAUCUGAUGCUUUUUAAAUGUUUUUGUAUUAUUGUCAUGUAUAGUAUUUAGACAUAAAUACCCAUUUCAAGGGAUGGCACAAUAUUUGCUUUUCUGUGUACAUUUCUAUUCACACUCCAAAUAAUUUAUUUCCUAGAAGGAAGAAAAAAAGUGAACUUUGAAAUGUUAGAUUGUAAAUUGGCUGUUACAUGUUGUAUGUUUACUGAUGAAGUUGUGCUUAAAAAUAUCGCAAUAAAAAGACGCCUUGAAUGAUUCUA